AAGCUACAGUACAGGGGUAACACGCGACGGUGAAGUUACACUACUGCUGUUUCUGGCUCAGGUCGGUGGCACAGGCAGGCGAUAAAGGAUGCGACAGUUGGUGUUGGCGGUGACUCUGCUGGUGGUGGCAGUGAGGGGCCAGCACGAACAGGGGCCCCGAGGGCUCCCUGCACACACUCGACAGUUCCUGGACAUUGCGCCCUUCUCCCAGGGACCUAAAAGUAGACCACCCCCAGUGAGACUCAGGGGACCUCCACCCCCAGCGGUCAGAGGGCCCCUACGGCCACAACAUUCAGGUGAAUCAAGACCAAUCUUCAAUGGACCGCCUCCCUAUGCUGGUUCUGGACCACAACCUUUCCCAUCAGAAUCGGGACAGGGCACUGGCCAUUUACCCCUUAACCCUCGUCCCAACUUUGACAAUCCACAUUUCCAGCCAGAGAACGAGGUCAACGUCGCAGCAGACGAAGUAGCCCUGGAGAUAAGUGACUACUCGUCAAUCUUCCCUGACGGGGAGUACGUGGCUCCAACCCGCGAGAUCGUUGACUCCAGGCUCCCCACAGACCAUUUCAGCGCCCGAGCACCUCAACCAAACAGUUUCACACCAGUAGCGACACAACAAUCACCAUCACCAAAAGAGAAUCUGCAGCAUCAAAAUCAAGCAAAGGAAGAACACCAGCCACAAGUCAGUGACGAACACCUUUUAUCCCAAGUCACUCCACAGCAACAAGACGAACCCCAACUACGAGAGCCGCCAUACCAACCCGAGCAACAAACGCAGCAAGAACAACCAAGGCUACAGAUAACAGAAGCAGCAGAGAAGCCGCAACAUGACCUCCCAACUGUGCAAGAGCCUCCGCAGCAACUGGGACCUCAACAGUACGAGCAGGAAACCCAAGAGGUGGUAGAAAUUGUUUCGCCGCCUCGACCCAUCCACCACCCUAUUCCUGGACCUCCUUACCCGCGCCCACAGUUAGAGGACGCCCAUCGGUCCCCUUCCCAUCCUAACCAGCUGCCUCUAUAUAAUGUAAUAAAUGAAAACCAGGAGCCUUUCGAAAUCCAAGCGGCAGAAUCGCGAGAGCAGCCGUACCGGAUUGAGUACGACUACGAUGAGGAAGAGGAGGAAGAGGAAGAGCCUGAUCGUCUAGCCUUACUCUUACUCGACUCGCAUUUCACCUGUUUCGACAAGAAUAACGGCUACUACGCUGACGAGGAGGUGCAGUGUGAGGUCUUCCAUUACUGCCAGGACAAAUUGAAGCACUCAUGGCUGUGUCCCCAAGGCGCCUCCUUCCACCAGGUUCACCUUAUCUGUUUGCCGCGUUCUGAGGACAACAUCUGCGAAAAGUCCUCUAAGUUCCACUUCGUCAACGAGUUCUUAUAUAAGGAGGUGGACGGGGAGGACGGCUCCAACAAGACGUACGCUGAUCGCUACUAUCCUGAGGGCUUUGAGUUUGGUGUUGCACGUGUGGAAACUGAUGGUCAGAUCCCUCAGCCGGGAGGUGGGGUGGGUACCGGGCAACACCCUCCACGCCGUCCAACUCCCGCCUUCCUCGACCGUCUCCCCCACACACAACCUCAACGACCACAAUACCAGGAGGAAGUGCCUGAUGCCUACGUGCAGGACAGGUAUCCAGGACAGUUCUCAAGACCACCACCUGAUACUGGUACCCCACAGAGGUUUUCAGGGCCGCCGAUAUACAGAAGUGACUCCCAAGGCCAUGAAAACCUUCAAGAAGUCAUAGCUCACAGAAGGCAAGGUUGACUUGCAUACUGGUACGCUUCCUCAAGUAGAAUUCCUUCAUUGUAUUAGGAAUCAUUAGGAGCAUAAGCAAUAGUUAGUUCAGGCGGCUUGGGCUCCACCUAAUAGGAAUAUGUUAUUAGUGUUAUCGCAGGAAGUAUUGAUUGAUUGUUCUUGCAUUUACACAGGUCGCGCUGGGUUUGUUUCACUACCAUUUUAUUCGGUUUCAUUCUAGUUUACCGAACACUAGUUAUGUAUAUAUCAGUUAAGUUUGUUUUGUUGAUCAAUAAUUAAUAAAUAAAAGUAAAAGACUUGAACGUAUAGAGAUGAAGUAAACUGACCCAGCACCCAUAAUAACUUAGUAUCUCAUCAUCCUCACUUAGGAUGGAGACUCAAGUUGGUCCUUCGGGUCUUGGUCUCCAGGAGCAUUACUUAAGUUAUACGGGCGAGAGAGUUGUAAUGGGUCCUGUGUGAUGACGCCUCUCCUUGUGUGUGCAUCGCGUCUUGUGUAAAGGCAACCGUUCAUAGCCAAUUGAAACUCGUAUGGGCAAAAGCAUAUUUCUAAUUUUAAUUUUUUUUUUAAUUUACAGUUGCUUCACAUUUCAAAGGUUACAUCAAAAUCACAAAAUCAUUUCGGAUUAUUUAAGUUGGGUAGACCUACUAGUCUGGCUGUCGCAAAUUUUACCCAUGUCUAUACUAGGCACAAGGCACACAACUCGGUCAAUACUACGAAGAAAAAUUACCAUUGAACUCGCUUCCAGUAACGUAAGCAACGCUCUUAGUUACAUCACAACACACUCCCUGUUGUUCAUUCAUGUUUCAUUAUCAAUUCGUAAAAUUUACCUCACACCCGUACACACUAACUUUACAUUUACAAGGUUAAUAUGCAACGAAAAGAAAUAUCAAUUGUAAAUAUAUUUAAUAAGUAAAGGGUUUUACACUUUAAUGACAAAUAUAUGUUUACCAUACAAAGAUUAUCUCAUAAUUAUAGCCUUCAACCGAACAACAAGAGAAAUGCACAUGUUAGUAUUUUCCUUGAAUUAAAUUAUUAAAUGUAUCUUCCCUCAAAUAUAUAUUUAGGGCUUAAGUAGACAUUGUGGACUGUAACCGGAGUAUUAGGCAUUAACUGGAGAAAUGUCAGCGUACGGCGGCUGGAGCACCGCCCCAUAUUUAUUGUUAAGGCGCGCAUGUGGGCCAGCCGCCGCAACCCAACAAGUUUAUUAUAUCUAGCAUAAUAGUGGUGAUGGCAGGUAGUGGCCACGAUUACUACAAGUUUGUAAAUACUAUCUUGUUAUACCUAACUUAGGUAUUUUGUUGUAUUCUUAAGAUUUAGUUAAGUACAUUGUUAAUUACUGUAGUAUGGCAUAUGUC